AUGUCUCCUGCACCACAACCGCUCCAGUCAGUCCGGCCCAAGGUGUUGAACUUCAUCACCGGCAACACCAACAAACUGGCGGAAGUGCGUGCGAUCCUGGGCGCCGUGCCGGGGCUGGACCUGCAGAGCCGCAAUGUCGAGGGCGUCGAGAUCCAGGGAACCAUCGAGGAGGUUGCCAGGGACAAGGCCUCAAGGGCGGCGGCGGCGGUGAAUGGCCCAGUCCUUACAGAAGAUACGGCGCUGGAGUUUCAGGCCCUCAAAGGGCUGCCAGGACCCUAUAUCAAGUACUUUCUCCAGGCACUCGGCCACGACGGCCUCAACAAGAUGCUCGCCGCGUACGACGACAAGACCGCCUUUGCGGUGUGUACCUUUGCGUACUGUGCCGGACCGGGCUGUGAGCCGAUUCUGUUCCAGGGCCGGUGUCAGGGGAAGAUCGUGCCGGCACGGGGGCCGCCUGUCUUUGGCUGGGACGCUGUGUUUGAGUUCGAAGACGGCCAGACAUAUGCGGAGAUGGAGAAGGAGAAGAAGAACUUGAUCUCGCAUCGAGGCAAGGCGCUGGCAAAGCUGAAAGCCUGGCUCGCGGGCGGCGAGCUGGAGCCGUAG